AUGUCAAUUGAUAUCAACUGGGACACGAUCACGGGCGGCGCAGAUGGCUCCGCUCGCGCAGAAAAGAUACGCGCGUUCAUUCACGACAGAUUUCAGCAGGUGACAUUGCCGAGGUUCAUUCGCUCUGUCCACGUUCACUCGUUCGACUUCGGCAGCGUGCCUCCAGUGAUCGAGAUCAAAGACAUCUGCGAUCCCCUGCCAGACUUUUACGAGGAAGAUGAAGACUGCUCUGAUGAGGAAGAAGAUGUCAAUGGUGCCGAUGAGCCUGCUGAUGGCCACAGUGCCACCAAUGAGCAAUCGAAACAUCCGUCAAAAGAUCGCCAUGAGCGAGAUGCAAGCAGAGAUCCCUCCCAACCCGAAGAUCGUACUUCCAGACAACCAAGUAUAACGCCAUCCUAUAUCAACACAAGACCAACUGCGUUCCGACAUCCCACUGAGCAGCUGGGGGCUCAUUUGUUCCCAAGAGUCUCCACUCCAGGCAUCCCCGGCGGUACUUCCAACCUUAACUAUUUCCACCUACCUUUGGGCGCAGGUCUUUCAGGUGCUACGACACCUCUAGCUGCUGUUGCUGGUGCACAUAUACAGGGCUGGCUCGACAACCCUCACGGCCGGCCUACAACACCGACCAACAAGCGUCUGCAUCAUACUGCCUCAUUGAAUUCCUUGACAUUGACGCCGCAAUCGAACCCAGAUACCAGCACACGACCUUCGUCACAGCAUAAACACGACGACGAAAGGAGAAGCUCCCUUGCUGAGUCAAAUGACUCGUCUUCACAGCACGACUACGAGAGAACCCCAUCCGCGUCACCACCCCGCAUGCGGGAGAAGAGCCCCGAGGACCUUCAGGUUGUGGCACAUGUGCAGUACUCUGGAGACAUCAAGAUGUCAUUGACUGCCGAGAUCCUCCUGGACUACCCCAUGCCAAGCUUCGUCGGCAUUCCAUUGAAACUCAACAUUACGGGACUUACAUUCGACGGUGUUGCCAUUCUGGCAUACAUCAAGAAGCGAGCUCACUUUUGCUUCCUCUCACCAGAUGAUGCAGAUGCGCUAGUUGGCCGCGAAUCUCUCCAAGCAGACUCGCAAGGACAAGGGCCAAAUCUUGCGCAGCGCUUAAAGAUUGGAGGUCUGCUGGAGAACAUCAAAGUGGAGAGCGAAAUCGGGGGUCAAGGCAGCGGCAAACAAGUGCUCAAGAACGUAGGAAAGGUGGAGUCAUUCGUCCUGGAACAGGUCAGGCGCAUCUUCGAAGAUGAGUUUGUCUAUCCAAGCUUCUGGACAUUCCUUGUUUGA